AUGGCUGGUGUAGAGGGUUCUCCUGGUAGCUCUAUGCAUGGAGUUACUGGCAAAGAACAAUCGUUUGCCUUUGCUGUGGCUUCUCCCAUGGUUCCUACUGAUACAACUGCGAAGUUCGAUUUACCAGUUGAUUCUGAACACAAAGCCAAAGUCUUUAAACUUUUUUCCUUUGGAAAUCCACAUAUGAGAACUUUCCAUCUCUCAUGGAUGUCUUUUUUCACUUGUUUUAUAUCAACAUUUGCUGCUGCUCCACUAGUUCCUAUUAUACGUGACAAUCUAAAUUUAAGAAAAGGCGAUGUGGGUAAUGCUGGAAUUGCUUCCGUCUCUGGUAGUAUCUUUUCUAGGCUUGCCAUGGGAGCUGUUUGUGAUUUACUAGGGCCAAGAUAUGGUUGUGCAUUUUUGAUGAUGCUCUCUGCACCAACUGUGUUUUGCAUGGCUCUAGUUGGCUCGCCCGGUGGAUACGUAGCUGUUCGAUUCAUGAUUGGUUUUUCGCUUGCUACUUUUGUUUCGUGCCAGUACUGGAUGAGUACUAUGUUCAAUAGUAAAAUCAUUGGGCUAGUCAAUGGUACCGCGGCAGGGUGGGGAAACAUGGGUGGUGGUGCAACUCAACUUUUAAUGCCUUUGCCUUACGAAUUGAUCAGAAAAUGCGGCGCCACCCCAUUCACAGCGUGGCGUAUUGCAUUCUUUAUACCUGGUUGGAUGCAUAUCAUUACCGGGCUCCUUGUGCUGAUCCUUGGACAAGAUUUUCCUGAUGGAAAUCUCGGUGCUUUACAAAAGACAGGAACAGUUGCCAAAGACAAGUUCUCCAAGGUAUUGUGGUAUGCUGUCACAAACUACAGGACAUGGAUCUUCGUCCUUCUUUAUGGCUACUCCAUGGGUGUAGAAUUGUCCACGGAUAAUGUCAUCGCCGAGUACUUCUUUGACAGGUUUGAUCUAAAGCUUCAUACAGCUGGAAUUAUUGCUGCUGCCUUCGGUAUGGCAAACUUCUUCGCCCGCCCAAUCGGUGGUUUCCUCUCAGACUUCGGUGCACGUAAAUACGGUAUGAGGGCAAGAUUAUGGAAUCUAUGGAUCCUUCAGACUAUGGGAGGUCUGUUUUGCAUCUGGCUUGGUCGUUCCAAUUCACUUCCCAUCUCAGUCUUGGCAAUGAUCCUUUUCUCCAUAUGUGCACAAGCUGCAUGUGGAGCUACCUUUGGAAUCAUUCCAUUUAUUUCUAGACGGUCGCUGGGUAUUAUUUCAGGACUAACCGGUGCCGGCGGAAAUUUUGGUUCUGGAUUAACCCAAUUCUUGUUCUUUACAAGCUCAAAAUACUCAACCGCAACUGGAAUUACUUACAUGGGAAUUAUGAUUGUAGCCAUGACCCUUCCAGUAACUCUAGUGCACUUCUCACAGUGGGGAAGUAUGUUUUUGCCUGCAUCAAAACAUAUUGAAAAGUCUCAAGAAGAAACUUACUACGGAUCCGAGUGGACCGAGGAGGAGAAACAGAAGGGACUUCAUGAAAAUAGUAUCAAGUUUGCCGAGAACAGUAGAACAGAGCGUGGUGGACGUAUUGCCUCAGCACAAACCCCACCGAACUCUACACCUGCACAUGUAUAG